AUGGCGAUGUCUGCCGCACCUGUCGUUCCCCAUGACGUCGACCCAGAUCCUAAGGUCGAGUUCGUACCCACUAAGCCUGCUCCAGUUGGCCCAGAGCAUGCCAUUGCUCAUGAACCUAUUGAUGCUCCAGCUGUUGCACUUUUGCCGGAUCCUUUACCUGAGCCUGAUCACGUUGAUAUACCAGACGUGGCACCACCCGUCAUUGAUGCACCAGUCAUUGUACCACCGGUUCCUGAUGUUCUUAUUGUUGAUGCACCCGUUAUUUCACCACCUGUUGUCGACCAUGCACCUUUUGCCACACAUAUUGAUCCCAGAUAUGCUAACAUAAUGGGUGGAUUGAGGAUGAUGAUGACUAUCCUCCAUUUGUCCUACCAGUCACACCCCCUGCUGCACCUGUUUUUUGAACCAGUCGAUGUCCUACCGGUCCACCCGCACGUAUCUGAUGUCCACCGCACAGACUUACCCAUCACCUUCCUACAGGACAUACCUCAACCCCGUCUAGGGGAAGGACCUUCUACUGGGCCACACGAUCACAUGCCACCCACGACAGCAGCUUUUCCAUUUAUGCCCUCUUUUACACCAGUUGCACACACUACAUCUCCUUUUACACCCGCGGGUGAGCCACUUAUGUAG